AUGAUGCGCCCACGCCCUUCAGUUUGCAGCCGCUGUUUGGCUCGCAGUAAGCAGUUCUCGACCACAGCAAACCGCAGCAACCAACCCCAAAAUGCAUCGUUCCCGCCGCAGACGGGCUAUAGCCGGCUCACCAACCGCGGACUCAUUUCCAUUACCGGCACCGACAGCACGACUUUCCUCCAGGGCCUAAUGACCCAGAACAUGCUAGUACCCAACGAUCCAAAUCGAAACAUUCGACGUACAGGUGCAUACACCGCAUUCCUCAAUUCGCAAGGCCGAGUCUUGAACGACGCCUUCAUCUACCCGAUCCCCGGAGCCGAAAGCAAUGAUGCCGAGCAGGGCUGGCUCGUGGAAGUGGACAAGAAUCAGGUGCCAGUCCUGAUGAAACAUCUGAAAAAACACAAGCUCCGCGCUAAGCUCAAGCUCCGCGCUCUCGAAGAAGGCGAGCGCACUGUCUGGUCCACAUGGAAGAACCACUCGGAACCACGGUGGGCCGCAUACAGCCUGGAGUCAGAAUCGCCAUCGCCUUUCUCGCCCACCUCCCAAAUCGCCGCAUGCCUUGACUCACGCGCUCCGGCCUUCGGUUCACGAAUCAUCACUCCCGGCUCCGAUGGGCUCCGCACCCAUCUCCCGGAUGAAGCACAAGUCGCCGGGUCCGAGGUCGAGCUGGACUCAUAUACUGUCCGUCGAUUCUUGCAUGGUGUUGCGGAGGGCCAGUCGGAGAUCCUUAGUGGAUCUGCUCUGCCACUGCAAUGUAAUAUGGAUAUGGCUCGGGGUAUCGAUUUUCGCAAGGGCUGUUAUGUUGGUCAGGAAUUGACGAUUCGCACACACCACCGCGGUGUCACGCGCAAACGUAUUCUCCCCGUGCAACUCUAUGACAUGAGUCAGGAUGUGCAAAGUUUGCCAGAGACCCUGACGUACGAUCCUUCUGUUCAGUUGACCUUACCGACUGGCGAAUCGGAUAUCGUCAAGGCUGGCACCACCAGCCGGCGGAACCGCAGUGCCGGAACUUUCCUGAACGGUAUUGGAAAUAUCGGCCUUGCGCUCUGCCGUCUUGAAGUUAUGACCGAUGUCGCUCUCAUGGGCGAGACUCCUGCCCGUCCUCAUGAACAACAGUUCAAGUUGACCUGGGCUCCAGAUGUCGAGCAGCCUAAUGAGGUCGGUGUGCGUGCUUUCGUGCCGCCUUGGUUGAGGGAUUUCAUUUCGGGUGCGAAGGAGGAGAAACCGGCUCCGCGCAAUCCUGAGGCUGAGGGUGAGCGGGCGAGGGAGCUUGUCGAGCAACUCGAACAAGAGGAAGACGAAGCCGAGGAGGAGAUCGAAGCCUAUGCUGAGUCUCACCGACGGUAA